UUGAACACCGCAUCGGCACAAAACAAGGCAUUUACAAUGAAUUCCAAAUACGCCGGUGGGACCGUUCUAUCUCACUUUCUAACCGAUGAAACUGGACCGAACUGUGGAGACUUCACGUUUAAUGAACAAGACCUACUGUUAUUAUGCAGUCGCGAUAUUAACCUGAACGAUCAGCCAGCUCAGGUCAUGGUCAGCCAUCCAAAGAUACCAGGAUUGUCUUGGAUAAUUUUCUUCUACCAAACGGCUCCGAAUCAAUAUCAGCCCCGCGUGGCUUACGAUUUCCCAAGCUACUUGCGAGCAGACUGUGAGGUGUGCAUUCAGUUUGCUGGAAUGCACUGGGUUGUGAAACACAAGUUCGAGGGUAGUUCCUGGCUAACCUCCACACUGCCUCCAAAGGCAAUGAACGAGCGGUGGGUUACUUUGGGAACUGUGAAAAAGGUGGAGAUCCGAGUGAAUAUCACUAAAAUAUGGUUCAAAUUUCCUGUUUUCACAGCUUGUUGUUACCCAUUGAAAACCAAACGAUUCGUGCGACAACCCGAUUUUACUAUGCCUGACCAUUUCUCCGAUGUGCAGUUAUUACCCCAGGAUCCGAAUAAUCGCCGCCUAUUUGCCCAUCGACAAGUUCUGGCCAUGAAUUCUCCUUGGUUUGCUGAACGCUUCCGAAGUGCAUCGGCUCUGAACACGGGUGAUAUUGGACCAAUCAUUUCGAUUCCGUUUGAUUAUGACACCGUAUUGAACUUUCUACGUUUUAUUUAUCCUAAUGGUAAUCUGGAGAUUACAGCUGAGAAUGUCGAAGGUUUGUUGGAUAUGGCUAAAGAAUAUCAGAUGCCAAAUGUGAUCCGAAAAUGUGAGAAGUGGAUGUACAAGUUCAUGGAAGGUGGAUCCGCCGUUUUAUGUUAUUACUUGGCUCGCAAACACGAAUUACCACAGGUGCAGGAUGCUGCACUAUUACAUUUGGCGGAACUAAACUCUUCACAGCUUCGAGCACGGCUUAAUUUGGAUAUGAAGGGCAAAUCACCGGAUACGCAUGAGGUAUUGCUCAGUGAUCUGUGCAUUCGUCUUGCCGGCUCUUAG